CCACGGCGAAAAGAAAAAUAUUUUCUCUUCAAUUAGGCCUAGCUAGAUAGGCCAUGUCAAAUUGGAUAACGUAACAUCCUUAGACAGUGGUAUAUUGACACAAUACAUAACAGUAUCAUUCUGAAGCGAGUUUUUAAGCUGAACUCUGUUUGUUGAUUGCCGAGUUCGGUCAGGUGCUUGAAAUGUCCGACUCAGAAGAUGAGUCUUCUGACAAGCAACUGAAAAUCGUCAUUAUGGGAGACGGAGCGUCUGGAAAGACGUCUCUGGCUACCCGGUAUUCACAAGAACAGUUCAAGAAGCAAUAUGGCCAGACAGUGGGGCUCGAUUUCUACCUUAAAAGAAUAGUCCUCCCAGGCAAUGUUCAUGUGGCCCUGCAGGUGUGGGACAUCGGCGGCCAGACACUCGGAGGCAAGAUGCUGGAGAACUACAUCUAUGGCAGCCAUGGGGCCCUGCUUGUGUAUGACAUAACCAGCUAUGCCAGCUUUGAGAACCUGGAAGACUGGUACAACAUGGUUAAAAAAGUCUAUGGAAAGGAGUCACGACUACCUCACAUGGCUCUGGUUGGAAAUAAAAGUGACCUGGAGCAUAUGAGGACAGUGAAGCUUGACAAGCACCAGAAAUUUGCUCAGGAACAUGGCAUGUCCAGCCAUUUUGUGUCAGCUAAGACUGGGGAUACGGUGAACCUGUGUUUCCAACGUGUGGCUGCAGAGAUUCUGGGAAUCAAGUUGACCAAGCCAGAAGUUGAGCAGCAGCAGCGGGUUGUGAAAGCAGAGAUCAUCCAAUACAGCAAUGAUGCAGCAGCCAAACCCCUCCCCACACAGACUAAAAGUUCCUUCUGUACGCUGCAGUGACAGCUCAAUCCUCUACACUGGUGGCAGCAACAGCGUUGUGACCACAUGUGCUCAACACAGUGUUAUUCCUGCACGCUCUACACGACUGUUAUUACUUCUUGAGUACUACCGUACAUAUUACAACCCUGCAUGGAGCUACUUGGAACUGUGAAGCAGGCAUGUGGCUGUGCUUAUGAUGUUAUGUGUAGAUGGAGAUGGUGUCCUUUACUUCAAGGCUGAUCCACCCUUUUUAGAAGGGAGUGGUCCAAAAUAUCAAAAUCCUCUCUCGGGGGGGCGGGAUUGUCUACAACAUACUACAUUUGGUUUUCAAAAGGGAGAUGUCUGGACCCUCUGGAUCCGCCUAUAUAUUUACUGAAUUGUACAAUCAAUUUUGGGUUUAGUUGAAACGGGGCAAAGGCGGCUGUCGUCUAAGGCGACGGAAUUUGCUGUGCAUGCCGUGAUAUAACCGGAAUACUGUUCAAAGCAGCAUUAACCCAACUCACACACUUACUUAGACAGUACAUUAAUAGAACAAUUCAAAUGUUAGGAAAAAAAUGUUCAUUGUAUCAGACCCCUAGUAAAUAUUGGACCAGACUUGACAGAACACAUAUGGGGAUUUCCUUUGUGAACACUGGUUAAAAUGAGCCAGGUAUAUGCAGUUCAUAAUUACCAAAGUAAUUUACUCCAUCACAGUGUAUAGAUUGCCAGGAGGUAGUAUGUCAUUCAACACUAGUUAACAUGCCUGGUCCAUCGUUUUCAUACUGUUUUGUCAUCAAUCUAAAGCGUAUGAAUGUUGAGUAGUUACUUUGUACUGUUACCAAGUGCUGGUGGCCAUGUGAAGGCAAACUAGGACUGUGUGACAGAGGGAUGUGCUCCAUGGUUGAAGAUGUAAUUAAUCCUGUGUUGUAAACUGAGAUAUCUGUGUAUCUAGGGUUAACUGUUCGAUUGAUGUGCAUCUUUAAAUUUGAUUAAGCACACAAAAAAUGGGUUUAUGACAACUUUAAUCCAACUUGCAAACUUCCAAAUGGUCUGGACAUCUGGUAUAUGAGUAAAGACAGCUUUGGCUCUGGCUCUGAUGCAGGCGUUGCCAAGGCAACUGAGGCCAGCGGAGGACUUGGAGCUUGAGGUCCUGUAGAUUGAAACGGUUGGCAUGACACUUGUUUGAUGUUCUGAGAUGGACAUGUGUUGUCAGAUGCGUGGAGUAUGAGCUUGUUACCUGGUGUUGUAACAUAUGUUUUAAUUCGAGAGUGAGAGUGCUUGACUGGUUCUUUAGGCUAUUGAUAUGUCCAUGGGAGGAGAUGCUUUCAUCAUGUUGAUGAAUUUACCUGCUUAAUUGUGUUUGUUACAUUUGUUUUGUGAAAAUCCAAAGCAUAUUUAUUUAUUGUUUGUUGAGACAAAUCCAUUUGAUGUUAUGUUUGUGUAAUAUCAUCAUGCUUGUAUGUAUAUGGUAGCCAAUGUAUUAUUUGUAUAAUAGGCUGACAAUAGCACAAAACAAUAUUCACUCACUCUCACGAGCCUGCUAAGUAAUCUUUGGAGAGAGUUAGUAUCGAUGACAGCUGCUUGCUGUUUGGUACUGAACAGGGUUGAUUUGUCAUUUAAUGUGAAUAUUACAUGAUCUCUAAAAGUUGCUUCAUUUUAAGCUAAAAAAAAUAUUUGGGAUUAGGGAACACAUUUGUCUAAUUGGUUUAUUGAAGGCCAUUAAGUGACUGUUUUAAUAGUACAAUAUAUAUUGUAGCAGGAUCAUGAGAGGUACAUGGGGUUUGAUGCCUCCCUCUUGAGGUUUUAUACCCCUCGCCUCCAGCUUGUGGUGACCUCACGUGGGACGCAUAAAACCCCAUGUAACCCUCGUGAUCCUGCUACAAUUGAUCUUACCGACAUGUUCUAAUGUGACUUUGUAAAAGAAUUAACACAAAUUCAAAAUUGUCAGAAAACAGUUGUACGAUUGAGCUGAGAUUAACUUGUGCUGUGUCAUUGACUUCCAUUGACUCAGAAAAAGCGUGCAGCUUUUUGCUUUAGUGUGGGGUAUAAGGGAUUUAUUCCGCCUUUAUUAUUUAGAUUCUAAACCAUGGAUGUUAGAUAAGUCUACGAGGGUGUUGGCUUCCAUACUUGUUACAGGAAAUCUCACCCCUUCAUCACAGUUUGAUGUCAACUUAUUUAAUUCGGAAACAUACCUGAGAUAUAUGUUAAAAAUGCUGAAACCUUUCAGUGAAGGAUUAAUGAUGAGGUUGCUAGGCAACCACUGAUUUCAUUGUUAACUAUAAUGGAGAGGCCUAGCCUAGUGGUAUUAUGCAACACCCGUUGUUACAGAUGUCUGGAUUGAUGCUGAAAGUGGUGUAUAACUCACUCACUCACUCACUCACUCAUAAUGGUAGGUUGUGAUACAUCUCCGAUUCUUAAAGGAUACAAAUUUGUGCCAUAUGAGAGUAUUUGUUUCAACCGAAGUAUACUCAAGCUUCAGUGGUUUCAGUGAUAUUAAAUAUGUGUACUGUUA